AUGGUUAUGUUUGCUGUUGAGGAGAUUAAAAACUCCACCACACUUCUACCCAAUGUUUCUUUGGGCUAUGAAAUAUUUGACAAUUGUUCAAAUACAAAAGCUUUUCCUUCCGUUUUUAAAAAAAUCGCGGGUCAGGGAGACCAAGUGUUCUCUCCUCCUAGUGGCCCUGCUCUGGAGGAACCAGGCCUGGUUCCCAGAGCUAGUGCAUCUCUCAGCAGCAGCCCCGUGGCCCAUUCCACUGAGAAGGGACCUUCUCUCGCAGGCAAAAGGCAUUAUUUGGAAUCCCCGUCCGGAGCUGUGGAGCCUUCAUGUAUGGAGCUGCUGGAUAAGGGGCGCGCCCCUUCCACGCUCAAAGUGUAUGUGGCAGCUAUCGCAGUGAACCAUUCUCUCGAAGCUGGCCAGUCAAUCGGCAAAAACGACCUGAUCGUUAAGUUCUUGAAGGGCGCACGGAGGCUGAAUCCUCCUCGCCCUCAGACUGUGCCGUUUUGGGACUUGUCUAUAGUCCUGCGGGCCCAAAGAGGGCCCUCCUCCUACCUUUGGCAUUGGUUAAAGAAUGAAUGGUAUGAUGAAGGCAGCGCAAUGUGUAAGACACGUUCUGUUGUCUAUCCUCAGUUCACAGAAAUUCCCUCCAUCAUUGUCAUGGUUUCUACCGCAUGCCUAGUUAUGCUCCUUAUUGCCAUGUUUUGCCUUUUUGCCUAUAAUUACGAUACACCAGUGGUAAAGUCUGCUGGUGGCAGCAUGUGCUUCCUCAUGUUGACCAGUUUGAUUUUGUCUAGCAUAAGUGUGUUCUUUUUCUUUGGAAAACCCACAUUUGUAUUUUGCCUUCUGAGAAAUGCCAUAUAUGCAUUUUUCUUCACUGUCUUUAUUUCCUGUUUGACUGUCCGUUCCUUUCAAAUUGUUUGUGUUUUUAAAAUGGCUGCUCAGUUCCCUAAAGUAUACAGUCUUUGGGUAAAACACAAUGGCCAGUGGCUCUUUGUUGCAUUUGCUUCUUUCAUUCAUUUUAUUUCUUGUGUAAUAUGGAUGACUGUCAAUCCUGUCAAACUCGUCGCAGACUCAUGGACUUAUAAAGAUCAACUUAUGCUCAUUUGUGAAAGGGGGAACACUAUAACCUUAACCAUAGUUGUGUUCUUAGGUUGGUUUCUAGGUUUCCUGUGUCUAUUGUUUUCUUACAUGGGAAGAGAUCUGCCAAAAAAUUACAACGAGUCCAAAUCAAUAACUUUCAGUCUCAUUUUGUACUAUCUGACUUGGGUUGCAUAUUUCACUGCAUACCUCACUCUCAAAAGCAAAUACAUUGUCAUUUUGAAUGCAAUGGCCCAGAUAUCCAGUAUAAAUGGAAUUCUCUUUAGUUAUUUUAUACCAAAAUCUUACAUCAUAAUAUUCCAACCACAAAAGAACACUCCUGCAUACUUUCAAACAUCUAUUCAGAAUUACACCCAAACCAUUAGUAGGACUUAG